AUGGCUCUAAAAGUCGAUGGUGAGCUCUUCCCGCCACCAGUCCCUCUCCCGCGCUUUUUCCUCCUCCUCCUACCUCCGCCUCAUCUCCGGCGCCACCACCCUCCGCCACCUCGACGAGAUCCUCGCCCACUCCGUCGUCUCCGGCCGCCGCCCCUCCGACCUCGUCUCCGCCUCCGCCCUCCUCCGCCGCGCCGCCGACCUCCGCUCCCCCGCCCCCCGCCUCCUCCUCCUCUUCUCCUCCCUCCCCUCCCCCGACCUCUUCCUCCUCAACCUCCUCCUCCGCUCCCUCCCCUCCCUCCUCCGCCGCUUCCCCCGCCUCCGCCCCAACUCCUUCACCUUCGCCUUCGCCGCCCCCGCCGCCGCCUCCUCCCUCCCCCUCGCCCGCGCCCUCCACGCCCGCGCCCUCGCCUCCGGCUUCUCGGCCGACCCCUUCGUCGCCUCCGCCUUCGCCAACCUCUACCUCAACCUCUCCCACCUCUCCGCCGCAGCCAAGGUGUUCGACGCAAUUCCCCGCCCGGAUACCGUCCUCUGGAACACCCUCUUGUCCGGCCUCGUCCGGAACUCCGCCUUCUCAAAAGCCGUCGAUGUGUUCUUCCGAAUGGCCGCUUCCGGCGGCGCCCGGUUCGACUCCACCACGCUUGCGGCGGUCCUCCCGGCCUGCGCGGAGCUCCAAGAUUUGAGCUUGGGGGUGGGGGUGCAUUGCUUGGGUGUGAAAUCGGGCUUCGCCGAUCACCCCCAUGUGGUCACCGGUUUGAUCUCCAUGUACUCCAAAUGCGGAGAUGUUCCUGCCGCUACCGUCCUCUUCUAUCUGAUCGAUGAGCCGGAUUUGGUCGCUCGCAAUGCUAUGAUAUCUGGGUGCUCCUCGAACGGCCUCGUCGUCUCUUCGGCGGGCCUAUUCAAGGAGUUGUUGGCUUCGGGUGGGAUGCCGAAUUCGAGCACCAUGGUCGGGUUGAUUCCGGUGUUUAAUCCCUUCGGGCACGAAUUACUUACCCAAACCAUUCAUGGUCUUGCGAUAAAAGCAGGUUUUGAUCUGAAUUCGUCGGUGUCGACGGCACUUACCACCGUGUAUUGUCGGCUGAAUGAUACGGUUUCUGCGCGGAAGCUGUUCGAUGCAAUGCCCGCGAAGGGCACGGCGUCGUGGAAUGCCAUGAUAUCGGGGUAUGCGCAGAGCGGUUUGACGGAGACGGCGAUUUCGCUCUUCCGUGAAAUGCAGGUGCUCAACGUCCGGCCGAAUGCUGUCACGGUGACGAGCAUUUUAUCGGCUUGUGCGCAGCUCGGAGCGCUCUCUUUGGGGAAAUGGGUCCACCGGAUAAUCACGGAGGAGGAUCUUGAGCUUAAUGUCUAUGUUCUAACUGCCCUAAUCGACAUGUAUGCAAAGUGCGGGCGCAUCACUGAGGCACGGAACAUAUUCGAUGAAAUGCUCGAAAAGAAUGUGGUCUCGUGGAACGCCAUGAUAUUGGGCUACGGCCUCCACGGCCAAGGUCUCGAAGCUCUGAAACUCUUUGAUGACAUGUUAGCGUCUCACAUUGCUCCCAGUUCGGUUACCUUCCUAUCGGUCCUCUACGCGUGUAGCCACGGUGGGUUGAUUGAUGAGGGCCACAGAGUCUUCGAGUCCAUGACCUCCGAUUACGGGCUCAAGCCGACCCAAGAGCACUACACUUGCAUGGUCGACCUCCUGGGCCGAGCCGGUAGGCUAAACGAGGCCUUCGAGUUUAUCAACAAAUUCCCAGAGAGUUCUAGCCCGGGUGUUUGGGGUGCUCUUCUUAGUGCUUGCAUGAUUCACAAGGAGACUAACCUCGCGCAAUUGGCGUCAACCAAGUUGUUUGAGCUAGAACCGGAAAAUUCCGGCUACUAUGUUCUUCUCUCCAAUAUAUAUUCGGCAAAAAGGAACUACUCAGAAGCAGCUUUAGUGAGAGCAGAAGCUAAAACCAAGAAGACGGCGAAAACACCGGGCUAUACUCUUAUAGAGAUUGGCGACGUGCCGCAUAUCUUCACCGCGGGCGACCGAACGCACGCGCAAUCGACAGCAAUAUACUCGAUGCUCGAGAAAAUGACCGUGAAGAUGGUCGAGGCCGGGUAUCGGGCCGAGACCGACGCGGCUUUGUACGACGUAGAGGAGGAAGAGAAAGAGCACAUGGUGAAGGUUCACAGCGAGAAGCUCGCGAUCGCGUUCGGGCUUAUGAGCACGGAGCCCGGGAGCGAGAUUAGGAUCAUUAAGAACCUUAGGGUUUGCUUGGAUUGCCACAAUGCUUGUAAGUUCAUAUCAGAGGUGACACACAGGUUGAUAGUUGUUAGGGAUGCUACCAGGUUUCACCAUUUCAGAGAUGGGGUUUGCUCCUGUGGUGAUUACUGGUGAUUUCCAUAACAAAUUUUUUGUUUCCAAUUAGAGAUUAUAUGUAAUCAAAUUAUAAUUUUUCCUUUUUCAAUUUGAUUUGUUGCUCAUGUAUGUUGCAAGGAAAAAAAAGUGACAGAUACACCAAUGGAAAUUAUAUCUGUUAUUGAAUUUGGAUUAAAA